CCUUUCACGUUGAUGUUGUCACCUGAAAAUCGUGAUAGGCUUUGUGUGUAGGGUUUAUGAGGCCGGGUUCAUUUCAGAAUGCUUGAUUAUGCCACUUAAGGGUGAGGAAUAAAGCAGGAGAACAUUAUGUUGUGUUUAACAUCAGUUGUCUUUACCACUCCAAUCAGUUAUUGCUUUGGAUACAAACCUCUAAAUUUCUGCUGUAAGCAAUCAGGGGAGGACCAGUCUCUUAACUCUUGUUAAACAACAAAUAUUUAGGUGCUAAAGCAAGUGUAACUUUCCAUCUGAACUGAGAUCAAAGACUGCUGAGAAUUUGGCAAGCAGGAUAUGGUUUAUCCUGCAAGUCUGGCCACUGAAAGCAUCCUUUAUAUUUAUUUAUGCAACAGAUUUUCUUUCCUUGUUCAUUAUAGGGCACUCAUAUUUCCUUUUCUGAUCCGGCAAGGAAAGCCGACACCGUUUUUCACCUUCCUACUAGCACUUCUCUUCUGUAUAUACAAUGGAUACCUGCAAGGCCGAAGCUUAAGCACCUAUGCAGAGUACCCUUCAGAUUGGUUAAAACGUCCUUGUUUCAUUGCAGGUUUCAUGGGGUGGCUGAUCGGCAUGGCAAUCAAUAUUCAUUCUGAUCAUAUCCUUAGAAAUCUGAGAAAACCUGGAGAAACUGGUUACAAGAUACCAAGAGGAGGAAUGUUUGAAUAUGUCAGCGGAGCCAACUUCUUUGGAGAGAUCCUGGAAUGGUUUGGAUUUUCUCUUGCCUGCUGCACUAUUGAAAGCCUUGCAUUUGCACUGUGUACUCUUUUCAUUUUGGGUUCAAGGGCAAAGCAACACCACCAAUGGUACCUUGAGAAACUUGAAGACUACCCAAAGAACAGAAAAAUUGUGAUUCCAUUUGUGUAUUAGUUUAUUAUUUAAAUACCAUUAGGUUCUGAUGGUAGCAGCAUUUUUAAAUGGUUACUUCUUGGAACAAGUAACACUUUAUGAGUGUUACCCAGCUAAUAUAUUCUCAUCACUGUGACAAAGCCUUUGUAUCAGUGCUGUUAGUUACUGCUUUUCUUUGUAAUGAAAACCCCAAACUCAGCAGGCGUGGUGAACAGGUGCUUUUGCAGUGGCACAUCACCACCAUGAGGACGUAAGACAAGACAUCUGAAUUCAUAUCAUGGAAACUGUUGUACAGGAUUUCUGAUGCUUCAUUUUCAGCCUAUAGUUUUCUUGUGUUCUUAUCUGAGGAUUGUGCUAUGACACAGUCACCUUCAGUGUUCAGUCUGGCUGCUGUGAUCAGUUUUCUACUUGCCCACAUACACCAGUGGGAUUGAUUUGAUCGCCUUUCUUUUUCUUUCUUCCCUUUGCCCUCCAUUUCUAGGAGAUCAGAUGCAGACCAAAGACAUUAAAUGAAUACAGAUACUGUGAGAUGAGAGAUGUUCUUCGUCUCCUCUGCACUCCUGUGAACAAAACAGAGAUAAAACUUAAUGCUGCUUACAUUGAUAGCUAUAGCAGUGCCUUUCCCAAAUAACAGAUUGAUUUUAAACAUCUACCUCUGGAAUUUCAUAGCCAUCUCAAAUAAUACUAAACAUGUGUUUUCUGCUUAAUAUUAUUUUAGAGGGCAUUAUUUAUUAGGGAUAAAUGGUUCUUUUUAAUAUUCUGUAGAUUUUGCUUACUAUAUAGUUAUUUUAAAAAGCCUUUUCUUAUUGAUAGUGAGCUAAAUUAUUUUAUAUUUAAAAAAAAUGGAAAAUUAUAGAGCUUGUUUCUUGUUUUAUCAAUAUUAGUUCUUGCUCUGCUAUAUUUUUAUUCUGAAGAACUCUGGUGGUAUUUCAAAGAUAUGAUGGAAUCUUAGGCAUACUCUUGAGUUUGCACAUAUUUGUAUCCUUUGCAUAUUUGUGAUAUUCAGUAACUUUUUAGAAUUGGAGGAAAGUCAGUUUUUCUGCAGAAACCUUAAGGGGAAAAAAAAAAGCUCUCUGCACAUGUACUUGGGAAAUCUUUCUUCAGGACAAAUUGGUAAUAUAAUUUCACUGAGUUUUCCAGUAUUCCAUCAAGCUUUGUUCAGAGCUCAAAAUUAUUAUUAUUAUUUUGUAUGAAUUAUUCUACUACCAGAGAAAUCAAGGUAAUACAAGGGAAGAACUUUUACCUUAAUUUUUUUUAGAUUAGAUGUAUAUACAUUUUAAAUAUAUCCAGGAAAUAGAUGGUGAAAAAGUGCUUUGCUACCCAAACUUUUGCUUAACAGUAGUUUCUUCCUUCUCUCCUUGGCACAGUAAUUAGUGCACUGAAGCCUUGGCUAUCGUUACAGGUUUAUUCAAGGGUAUAAAGAAGUGUAGCACAUUCUAUUAUUAUUGACUGAAAUAGUCAGAGAAAGGAGGGGAGCAAAACUGUCAUUCAUGUUGCAAUGAUAAUUUGCCCAGCAGCUCAGCCAUCAGACUGUCAGCUGCUCCUCAUAAUGAUUAUGACCAAUAAUGCUUUCUUCCAACAUCCAGGAAGCUCAGCUGAGGGAGAAUCUAGGAAUACCCAUUCCUUUGAAGCUAGUGUCUUAUAUAUCCAGGUAUUUGUAAGCCCUAUUGCAUCCUUGUGGCAGUUCUUAAAUAUGGGUAUCUAAACAUUCCAGCUAUCAGUAUCCCUUUCAGAAGAGCAAAAUGCAUCAACAUCUAAUCUAAGUGUUUAAGUACUUGCGCGGUUUACAGUGAACUAAUAUUUGUAUUUUGGGGUUUAGUUAAAAAAGCACUAAUGCUUUUUUUACAAACAGUAACAACCAACCAGUAAAAAAUGACUUGGCUACAGCAAUUUAAUCUGUAAUCCCUCCUUGUUCACUCCCUCUAAUGAAAAGGUGAAGAUUCAGGAGGUGUGUAACUAUUUAUAGGUGGUAGACUUCUAUUGUAAUUCACAGGAAAUUUCUACUGAUGCAUCGAUUUUCCUUCUGAUUCUAUGCUGCUAAAUAUUUAUAUUGAUUAAAAGUUUAGCUUAUUUAAAGUGUUAAUUUAUGGUUUUCCUGUAGCAGAGUGGAGAUCUGAGAUACCUCUGAGGUGCUUACUGGUUAACUGGAAUAUUAAAAAAUAAAAUGUAAACAAAGAACAAUCUUCUGCGCUUUUUUUAAUGUUCUAAUUACACUGCUGUAACCUGCCACAACUGAAGUACAGAACUGUAUUUGAGGCAGUUUGUUCAUACUACACAAUGCAGCCAGGUGACCACCACUAGUGAAAAUUGCCCAGAAUGAUUGUAUAAAUUCUCGACCUUUUAUUUGAAUGCUGUUCCUUUUUUGUUUGUAAUACUUAAUUUGUACUUUCCUCCCAUUUCAGGAUCUUUGCCAGAAUUUAUCUAUCUGUGAGAGAAUAUAUUGAGAGGUCUUUCUUGAAGGAAAAUGCAGUGUAAAAAUGAAUUCUGGUUUGCUGUUUCCAGAAGGAGGAAAUGUGUAUGCUCUCUAUGAGGUAGUAAAUAGCUAUCAUAGUCUCUAACAGACAUCUCUACUCACAUUACCUACAUCUUUCCCAGAGAUCUCUACUCAUAAAAACAGUUUGUGGCAUCUGGCUUGAUUACUGUUAGCAGUCCUUUUUCUAACUUGUGGAGGGUGGCCAAGACUUUUGUACCUGUGAGUUCAUGAUCCCAAAUAAGAUCUUGAGGACUAUAAUAGCAGUUAUUUCAAUAACAACUUUACUAUGUGAACUGGACCAUAUACAUUCAAAAGAAAAACAAAACAAAAUUUUAAACAACCCACCCAUUUAGAAAUCACAAAAUAGAUUUCUAUAUAAAGAUAUGCAAGAUAAACUUAUAUAAAACAAAGUAUGUAACUGAUGUUCUAUACUUGCAUAUAAUAGUGCUUCCCACCACCCAAAUCUAGUUUACUACAGGUGAGCAAGAACUGGAUGCCAGAUGGAGCCAGGACUUACACUGGUAUGAAGGUGGCUCUGAAAAGAAACCCAAAUUCCUGCUGCUCUCAGCUUUUCUUAAUAGCUAUUUGCUCCUGAUGAAACGAGUUUAUGCAAGUUUUUAAAAAUAAAAUUAUGCAAUAAACAAUUGUAUUGUACUUGUGGGCAAAAGUCGAUUGCAUUCAGCAGUUUUCUUAAACUGAAACUGUUGCACAUUAUUUUGGAAGGGAGACAUUUCAAAUCUUGAUUAAUUACUUUUAAAAGGAUUAUUAGCAGAAGUCCAUAAAAGUGAAGUAGUUGUACUUUCUUUCCUAAUUCUUCACACUAGAUGAAUUGCCACCACAAUAGCGUUCACUUCUUGUUCAAUGUAGACAAGUAAUUUGCAAAGUGUAAUCUUAUUUGCUCCUGUAUUGUACAUAAUCAUAGAAUGGCCUGGGUUGAAAAGGACCACAAUGAUC